GUUAAGUAGCCUAAUAUUCUGCCCUUCUAGCUGUUCGUCACGAUAAUCUGAUAAAACGUGGUAAUUUUGUCCUUUUAUCUUGUGUAAUCCUUAAUAUACAUAUUAAGAUCAUUUUAAUAGCUUUGAGCAAUGUAACACCUUUGAUUAUGCUUUGACGCGCAUACAACAUGAGGUGCUGUGUCAUCCCAAACGACCGGAAAGUCAAUCUCAAAACUUUUUGAACGGCUAAAAAGGUUUCAAGAAGUUUCGUCUGUUGCGUGUGCGUGUCGAGGGUGUGGCGUCAAGUCAAUGACGUUGUUUCUUCAGUAAACUUUCACCAGCAAAGGAACUCGUGGCUCGCAGCGCAUUCUCCCACCGCCUCUCUAAGAGCACGAGACAGCCAACGAGUGUGGAUCUGCUUUCUGGAAAAGAAAAUGCUUAGAUUAAGUCAAUGCCUUUACUGUGGUGUGCAAGGGAACGAUAAAGGACCAAUGCGCAACGCAUGGAUUAAGAAAACCACUUUUCACAAACAGUAAUUUAAGCAUUGCGGACGCUUUGGACUCGGUGCGUUCAAGCUCUAACGUUACACUUCAUCAGCAUGUGCGUUUUCUGGGAAUCGAACCCACGGCAGUUACGCUGCUAACGCGAUGACCUACCCAUUGUGCUGGAGGAACACUUUUCGUGUGGUAUUCUCGUAAAUAUGCCGACGUAGAGUUGUUUAAGAAAACCUAAUUUGGAGAGCUUUAGUGGUGUUCGUGCGCACUUCAGAAAUGACUGCCCCAUCUCCCAGUACUGACGGCACCUGCAACAACACAACUAACUUGGAGCCAAACGGGGGACCGGCCAUCAGUGCCAUGAUGUUCGCGGCUGGAUUGCUCGGGAAUCUGGUCGCCUUGGUUCUCCUGGAGUGCCGCCGGAGGAAAGAGAGAAACUGCCAUCGCCAGUCGCUCUUCCAUCUUUUGGUGACCACAUUGGUCGUUACGGAUCUUUUGGGGACGUGUUUGGUCAGCCCCCUGGUGCAAACCGCAUAUUUUACUAACACCACCUUGGUCGGGAUGAGUGAGAGUCGGGCGGUGUGUAAUUAUUUCGCAUUCGCCAUGACUUUCCUCAGUCUGUCGACACUUUCUAUCCUCCUCGCCAUGGCGCUGGAGAGGUGCCUCUCCAUCGGGUACCCGUACUUCUAUGGAAGCCAUGUCACCAAGCGCUGCGGAUACAUCACCAUCCCUUGUAUAUAUUUAGUGUGCUUUACCUUCUGUUUAAUGCCUUUCGCAGGCUUUGGGAAAUAUGUCCAGUAUUGUCCUGGGACGUGGUGUUUUAUUGCCGUGGAUCCUGAUGGUAAGGAGGACAGGGCGUACGCCAACGUUUACGCCACGGCGAUGCUUGUUAUCAUUACUUGUAUAGUGGCGUGCAACUGUUUCGUAGUUUAUAACCUGGUGCUGAUGUACCGGAGGCGCAAACAGAACCGAGGAUCUGUGCACACUCGGAGUAAAAGGGACAGGAGAUACUUUUCAUGGGCAGAGGAGGUGGAGCAUCUCAUACUUCUGGUCUUUAUGACAGUCAUAUUUGUCAUUUGCUCCCUGCCAUUAAUGAUCCGUGUAUACAUCAAUUCCACUGUCCCCAAGUCCUCGGGUAGCCAAAGGACUGAUCUUAUAGCUCUGCGUUUCCUCUCGGUCAACUCCAUCAUUGACCCCUGGGUGUUUAUCUUUCUCAGCCCCUCCGUUAUACGCUUCAUUUGGGGGACGCUGUGUAAGACCUCCUACAUGCCCUCCAGGAACUCCUUGUUCCAAACGUCCAUCACCAAGAACCCGGCAGGCCAAAUCGAGCUGCUGCAACCCAGUUCCACGUCUGUGGAGAACAAAUCCGUUCAGAUGGUUUGACACGUUGAGGACAUGAGGUGAUUUAGUGAUGACAGAGAACCUGGACACAACAGAGAUUGGAUCUGUGUAUCCGGAUCGGUUCUUAGCAGGACUGUUUACCAUUCCAAGAAAGUUUUGGUGUCUGUCUAAAUUUGGGAUUUGAAACCCCUGAGGUUGUUUGUGAUGGGAGAUGUCUUAUGGAUGUUCCUACAACCAUCACAAUAAUUGUUUUGAGACCAAGGACCUUGUAAACUGUGACCGAUUUUCAGAAGUGUUUUCAGGGCGCUGUUUCAUUAGUUUUGGACUGUCUGUAACAGUUUUAUGACCUGAAGCUAUUAUUUCACCAUCAUUGCUCAUUCAUGUUACGUAGCUGGUGUUAUGGUUUACGAGGACGAAGGUUAAAUGGCACAUCGUCCCAUGCGGUCUGUCACAUUGGAUGUGUCAUUCAGCGAAUCAUGAUGUGGUUUCCUGUUGAGCAGUUCCGUAAAUGUCAGUGUUGGAACACACACUUGUAGUGGCUAUCUGUUCGUAUUUAUUAUAUCGACAAGGAGUAUUUAUUGUUCUUUAAUGUAUGUUGAUACAACAGUAAAACAGUGACACAUCUCUGGCUUCAAAUGCACGCUGCCAGGAUGGUAAUGAAUUAUUUCUUUCAUGUGAAAGAUUAUCGCUGUAGAAAAUGUUUAUGUUUUUGAUUCUGCAAACAUGACGUGUGCGGGUGGUGUACAGUAGCUGUAAAUAUAUAAUUUAAAGGCCUGUUUUAUGGUAGGUGGAUAUUUGUUUUCUUUGCCUUUGAAGAUAUUGAAUGCGCUGACUUGUAAAUGACGUGACGUGUUGUGUCUGUGCAUGUUGUACAUAGUUAAAGAAUGUAUUGCAUUGCAUCUUCUAUUACUUUGACAUAAUAGACGUAUCUUGCUGUAUUCAAUUGUAAAGCAAAAAUGUAAAGCUAAGUGAAAGUUGACCCAAAAAUGAAAAUUCUGUCAUCAUUUACUCACUCUCUUGUCAUUUCAAACCUUUAUGACUAUUUAUUCCACAGAACACAAAAGAAGAUAUAAGUAUGCAAUUGAUGGGGGCCAGUAACCAACAUUCUUCUAAAUAUCUUACAUUUACAUUUCAUUUAGCAGACGCUUUUAUCCAAAGCGACUUACAAGUUGGGUAAACUAUGGAAGCAAUUGGGUAAACAUUAGGACAACAAAAAGCAUAAGUGCAAUAUAAAACAUGUCUCACAAAGCCUACUACAGUGUACAGAGCUAAGUUUUCAAUUUUUAGUUUUUUCAUUUUUUAUAUAUAGAUAGAGUAGAAAAGAUAUGGAAGUCAGAAAUGAUCGGUCAGGUGCUGACGGAAGAGAUGUGUUUUCAGACGGUUCUUAAAGAUGGCCACAGAAUCUGCUGAUCUUGUAGCAGCAGGCAGAUCAUUCCACAAAUGUGGAACCGCUCCAGAGAAGGUUCGUGAGAGCGAUUUCUUACCUUUUUGGGAUGGCACUACAAUGCACCACAAGACGUCAUUUGUUUGCAGAGCGUAAGGAUCUGGCGGGUACAUAAGUCUGCAUUGGUGACUGAAGAUAGGGGGUGCCAAACCAGUGGUGGUCUUGUAGGCCAAGAGCAGAGUCUUGAAUUUGAUGCGAGCGACUAUAGGGUGCCAAUGUAACUUAAUGCAGAGAGGAGUGACGUGCGCUCUCUUUGGUUCAUUGAAGACCACUCUUGCCGCUGCAUUCUGGAUCAUCUGCAGAGGUUUUGUUGUGCAAGCUGGAAGUCCAGCUAGUAGCGCAUUGCAAUUGUCCAGUCUGGACAGAACAAGAGCCUGGACUAGGACCUGCGUAGCAUGCUCGGAUAGGAAAGGUCUAAUUUUCCUGAUAUUGUAGAGGAUGAAUCUACAGGACUGAGUGGUGCUUGCAACCUGACCUUCUUUUGUGUUCUGCAGAAGAAAGAAUGUCAUACAGGUUCGAAAUGACAUCAGGCUGAUUAAAUUAUGACAUCAUUUUUAUUUUUGGGUGAACUAUCACAAGACUACUCAAGAAUAUCAUCAUAAUAUCAUCAUUUUCUCUGACAUUUUGCUGCAAUCAGACAAUCUGAUAAGGGCUUUGCAGUGAUUUUUGCAAAAUUUUUAGGGCAUGGAAUUCAAACGGGAAUACGGCGAAGUGAAUGUCGGUCAACACAACUUGAACUUGUCUGACAUUCUCAUUGGUCAAUGGAUGUCUAUGUCAGAGUGUUGCUGUAAAAGUUAUGAUUUUUAAAAGUUAAAACGUUUCAUCACAUCAAAGAGCAUUUCUUGUUUUUAUUAAUCCCCUUUGAAUUAUUAAUCGUUCGGUUGCCAGAGACCAACCCUAUAUCGUGCACAAAAAUAAUCAUUCUAUUUUCUCAGGGAGUCUGAUGAAAGUAACUAACUGAAAAUCACUUCGCUGGGGCAGAGAAGAUCAAUACAAGAUUGUGCUUGUGGGAACGUGAGGUUUUUGGGAGGCAUAUUAUGUAGUAUAAGAAGUAAGAACAUGCGAAUGUUUGCAGACAACAUCGCAGGGUCUGAUGGUCAUGACACUGGCCCUAUGGGACUGUGGGAAGCAGGACAAAGAUCUUGAUCUGGCUUGGCUUGGCUUCAUUUGGAGCAAACUCAAGCAAACCUCAGUUGUCAUGGUGACGUUAAUGGCGCAGAAACCACAGCUACCCGUCAUGCUGUCAUACGAGAUGCCACAAGAGCUGUAAUGUUCUGCGGUCCGUUCAGCUUUGUGACAAGAGAACUAAAAGAGGUGUCGGGCAAUAAACAUUGCUCUGCGGUUGCUUUUUGCUUCUCAGUUUCAGUAUUCAUGUAGUUCCAGAUGUAUAUUUUCAAGUACUCUAAAUAAUAAAAUAGACACAAAUUAAAUUUAAAAAAUGUAAAUUAAUUUUAAAUAAUACAUAAAAUAAAUGUUCAAAUAUAGUGAGAUUAUACAGCUCUAAAAAUGAAUGGAAUAAUUGAUGAGAAUGUUGAUAUUGCAAACUUUGACUUUUGAUAGCAGACUCUGGGAUCUGAGCAAAUCGCAGCAUAGCUAUUACUUAUUUAUAUAUACCUAUUUAUUUUCUGUUUGUUAGAUGUUUGUUUUAUUGUCAUAUGUUUGUCAUACAUCAGUGAGGAGCAGUGCUCCUAAUUUUAUAGAAAGCUUCUCUGUGAUUUCUUUUCUCUAGAGAGUUAACGGUCUAACCUAAAGAGGCUUUUUAUCUCCUGAAGUACAGACGUGUCGGUGUGAUUUGUUUCUGUGUUUCCCAUGAUGUAUGUUUAAUUGCCCGUGGCCUGUGCAGUGACUUUAUAAUGAUGUUCUAGUAUUUGUGCAGAAUGUCUAUUGAUCUAGUCCAUCGAUUCAGAAUGCCAUUUUCGCAGUCUUAAUAUCUCAUUAAAAUGGCUGCACAAGCUGUUUCAGAGUUGAUAUAGUUGUACCUGCUAAUGAACCGUAUGCAGAAACUGUGGUCAUGACCUGUGGACAUCUUGUAGGUAAUUGCAUGUGAAACAUCAUUUGAAAUAAACCGGUACGACUCCAA